GUCAAAGAAGACGUUAGUCGUACUUACAAAAUAAUGGUUCAUACCAAUAUUACACCCUUGCACAAGCAAUGGCCUCGUUUGUGUCAGGAAACCGAAAGAAAGUCGUUAGAAUUUUUAUUCCAGCCGCGAAAUAAAAGGAUUUGUUAUUCAGGAAAAUCUCUGAAUUCUUCAAGUGUGCAAGUGAAGAAGUUGGAAAAGAAAAGUGAUAUUGUUAACGAGACGAAUAUUUUUGUCACCGCUGACCUUCCUUUGGAACCAUCACCGAAAAAUUCUUUAAGUGCGCAAAUAAAGAAGUUGGAAAAGAAAGGUGAUCCAGUUAACGAGAGGAAAACUCUUGUCACCGCUGACCUUCCAUUAGAACCAUCAUCGAAAAGCAAGUACCACUAA